AUGAGGCUAACGGUGGACGUGAUCCAUGGCUCGCUCAGCUACAUCAAUCCCCUCCUAGAGCGCGAGCUGGAUCUACGAGGUCACAAGAUCCCCGCUAUUGAGAACUUGGGCGCCGCCAAAGAUCAAGACGCAAUUGACUUCACCGACAACGACCUCUCUACUCUAGCAAACUUCCCCCUCAGUCCCCGGAUACGCACGCUACUGCUAGCCCGGAACCGUAUCACAACUAUACAGCCUACCUUGUCGAAGAGCAUCCCGGGUCUGUUUUCGCUCGUGUUGACGGAGAACAACAUCUCAGAACUCUCGGAUCUGAAUGCGUUGGGCGGGUUCACGAACCUCACACACCUGGUCUUGCUAGAGAAUCCAGUCACGAGGGAUACGAACUACCGCUCCUGGGUUAUCUUCCUAUGCCCGGCUGUCCGAUUCCUCGACUUCAAGAAGGUCAGAGACCCGGAACGGAGCGAAGCCAAGAAGGUGUUUGGCACAACCGCGCAGCCAUCAGCUUUGGCCUCAGAGAUCUUGGGAACCAAGUCUCGCACAUUCGACGCUGGAUCGGCAGUGAACGGCGACGAAUCUGCGUCAAAGGAGAACCGGGUGCAGCUCAGAUUGACGGCGCCCCAACAAAAGCGACUUGAGACACUGCUCAAGAAGGCUACAACCAUCCAGGAGAUUGCGUGGUAUGAGAAGGAGAUUAGCGAAGGUCGGAUACCCCGAGGCGUGUUGGAGUCUGGAUCUCCUGAGAUUAUGGAGGAGUAGACUAUUGGGUGCUUCAUUAGGCUUCCCGAGGUCAGAAAUCGUGCUUUUUCUUGUCCGAAUUGGAGUCAGCGGUGACUGUCAAGGACAUGUAUCGCAAAGCAGUAGCUAGAUGCAGUGGCUAGAUGCAUUAGCUUUGCACAAAAUAAUACCUAGUCAGGGCAUCUCAAACGGUGCCAGAUCAGACUACACACAAGGGAACAUUCCACAUGGUAGCAGCGAAGGUCUUUGGUUGCUCUUUUCAAAUACGUGUCUCGAUAACUUAAUGUGUUUUUCCUAAUCCGAUCGAUCGUUGGUAUACGAGGCUGAGCCUCCCGGCUCCUAUUGCUGCAUGUUAUUGAAUAAACCCGCAGCCCAUAGGUAUCCUACAGCCCAAAGCCAAAACGCCCUUUUAUGCAGACGAUAUCCACCUUAGUACCAACCUACCACCUCCCCCCUCG